CGCAGGCGCCGUGGCCUAGCCGGCGGGGAUGCACGAGUAGGGCCCAGGAUCCCUCCAGACCCGGGUCGUGUAUCAGUUUUCUUUAUUCGCUUAUAACUACUUAAACUUUACUCACAGAAAAGUGUAUAGCACGUCGAUGACCAUUUUAAGAAUAACCAGUGUCACCCAGGUUAACAUACGUUGUCAGUGCCCCACUUAAAGUACCCCAAAGGGCCCGACUUCCGUGAUCGUGUCCUGCUUUUCUCUCCUACUGCGCCACCUAAGGAUGCAUCCCUAAGCCACGUGAAUGGAAGCAUGCAGUUUGGUGGCUUGUGUCUGGCUGCUGCUUCUAGACAUGAUUUCAGGACUCGCUUUGUUGCGUGAAAUGCAGUCUUUGUCCUGUCUGCGGGUCUGCUGUCCCAACGCGUUAACUGGAACCCCGCUGUUGGCCCAUCCCACUGCUCAUGGAUGCCGGGUCCUUUGUAAAGCUGCAUUGUAAGCUGCUUCAUUUUGCAGUGAGUGUUUUUGUACAGGAGCAGGCAUAGGGUAUUUCACUAGGGAUGGAAUUGCUGACUCGGCGGGCAGGGAGGGUCUGACCCAUCUCUUCAAGCUCUGGAGUCCCGUCAAGAUAACAUUUUAAAACGUCUGUACGAAUUGAAAGCCGCAGUCGAUGGUCUCUCCAAGAUGAUUCAGACGCCAGAUGCGGACUUGGAUGUAACCAACAUAAUCCAAGCCGAACAGCGCACCGCUUUAUCAGCCAAUGCAUUGGACUUAAAUUCAGUCCUUGGGAAGGAUUACGGGGCCCUGAAAGACAUCGUGAUCAAUGCGAACCCCGCCUCGCCUCCCCUCUCCCUGCUCGUGCUGCACCAGCUGCUCUGCGACCAGUACAAGGUCCUGUCCACUGUUCACACGCAUUCAGCGGUCAAGAACGUGCCAGUAAACCUCCUCAGGUGCUUUGGCGAGCAGACUAAGAACCCGCCCCGUCAUGAGUACCAGCUGGGCUUUACUCUCAUUUGGAAGAAUGUGCCCAAGACCCAGAUGAAGUUCAGUGUCCAGAGGAUGUGCCCCAUCGAAGGGGAAGGGAACAUCGCACGGUUUUUGUUCUCUCUGUUCGGCCAGAAGCAUAAUGCGGUAAACUUAACCCUCAUCGAUCGCUGGGUAGAUAUAGCCAUUUUUCAGUUAAAAGAAGGAAGCAGCAAAGAAAAAGCCGCCGUGCUCGGCUCCAUGAACGCUGCUCUCGGGAAGAGCCCCUGGCUCGUGGGGAACACACUGACCGUGGCGGACGUGGUGCUCUGGUCCGUGCUCCAGCAGGCGGGGGGCUGCAGCGUGCCCGUGCCAGCCAACGUGCAGAAGUGGAUGCGGGCCUGUGAGAACCUGGCCCCUUUCAGCUCUGCCCUCAAGCUCCUUAAGUGAACCCCAGGAAGUGAUUGUAAAGGGUUUAGAUUGUAAGAAUGGUGGUGUUUCAUGCCUGUUGUUGGUAAAGGGACUUGUACUAAAACCGGUCUUUAGGCCAGUUGUGGAGUACCAAUAAAAGCACCGUGUAACUUG